AUGAAGUCGACAAUCGCCAUUCUCAGCCUUGCUGCGAUCACGGCAGCCUCGCCGGACCCACAAGUGACCCCACGACGCGCACAGCUGGGGAAGCGGCAGGCGGACCCUGCGCUGCUGUCGUCUCCACCCCCAACAGCUUCCUUCCCUUCCAACAUGGCUCCUGGAUACACAGUCUUCAUGUUCGACUACACCUGA